AUGGACCAGACUCUGUAUUUCAUUCUUCUUCUCUUUGCUCUCUGCUCCGUAUCUGAAUGUGUUCAGCGUCAGUAUCACUUUAUAAAUGAGAAGAAGACCUGGACUGAAGCUCAGAGAUACUGCAGAGAGAAAUACACAGAUCUGGCCACCGCUGACAACAUGAACGACACGAACGAGCUGAAGAAGAGUGUGAAUGAUUCAAGUGUUCAGGAUAUCUGGAUUGGGCUGCAGAAGACGGGUCGUGAUGAAUGGCAGUGGUCUUCAGGUGAACCUGCGCUCUAUCUGAACUGGGCUCUUGGACAACCAGAAACCAGUUAUUGUGGUAUGAUGUCAAAUGGAAAAUUUGAGGAUUUGCCAUGUAGUGAUGAACGAUAUUUCAUCUGCAACAACACAAACACAGAACUUGUCUUAGUCGAUCAGCUGAAGAGUUGGAGAGACGCUCAGAGUUACUGCAGAAAGAAUCACAUUGACCUGGUCAGUGUGAGGAACCAGAACGAGAAUCAACAGGUUGAACGGUUCAUUAGUCAUAAUAACUCAUCUGGAUUAUGGAUCUGGAUCGGUCUGUUCAGAGACUCAUGGCAGUGGUCAGAUCAGAGUGACUCUUCAUUCAGAGACUGGAACACUGGUGAACCUAAUAAUUGGGGAGGAAAUGAAAACUGUACAGCUCUUAAUGCUCAGAGAAAAUGGUUUGACGUCUCUUGCACCAAUCAAUAUCCUUUUGUGUGUUAUGAAGAUAAACUGAUUGUGAUCAGAGAGAAUGUGACGUGGUCUGAAGCUCUGAGAUACUGCAGACAGCAUCAUGUGGAUCUGGUCUCGGUUCAUUCAGAAGAGAUGCAGCGUCGUGUGAUGAACGUGGUUAAACUGGCGUCUACUGCGGAGGUGUGGUUGGGUUUACGUCACUCCUGCACUGUGGGCAUCUGGUUCUGGGUGAGUGAAGAUACCGUGUGCUAUCAGAACUGGGCUCCAGGGAACGGCACAUCAGAGGAGGACUGUGAACACACAGUGAGAUCUGGAGCAGUUCAGUCUGGAGGAGAUCAGCGCUGGAUCAGUCUUCCUGAGUCUCACAAACUCAACUUCAUCUGCAGCAGAUAUUAAGAGUAAAGAAUCUUUUCUCUGUCUUUCUGAUUUUCUUUCAUGUUGAAGUUGC